AUGGUCUCACACGACACAUUCCCAACCGCCAAGCCCGAACGGCUGUCUCCCACCCUCACCAUCCAUGCGCCGCUCACGCACCGUGGCCACGGACCCGGCAUCGUCAUCGUCACAGACUCUGCCACUUCCCAGACUGCCACCAACGGUGACGCCCAGCCCCACGAGACCCUCGACCCUCAGCCCCUCCAGAAAUGGGCAGAGGAGGGCUACGUCGUCGCCGAGCUGCGGCUGUCCGCGUCCGGCUCGAGCGACGACGACGCAAUCCGCCUGCGCGAUGACCUGCGCGUCGCGACAGAGGCGCUCACCAUGCACGACAAGUGCACUUCCAAGUCGCGCUACGCCGUCAUCGUCUACACGCCUGCCGCCUUCCCCUCCAUAAGCUCGGCCAUUGACGGCAACGGCGAGAUCGCUGCCGUCGUCUCCUUUGGAGCCCUGAACACCGCCUGCCGCAAGCCCCGGCUCUAUCACUUGGCAGAGACGGCAAACCCGCUGGCCGCAGCCAAGGCCCCAGCCGUCGAGAACGAGACAGUUCACCGCUACGGCAAUGUCCAGUCGACCGGGUUCGUGCUCCCGGGCCACGCCCACUUCGUCGCCUCGGCUGCAGCCGUCUCGCACAGCCGCUCCGUCGCCUUCAUCAAGAAGCACCUCGACGGCCCGUGGUUUGACCUUGAGGCCAUCUGGGACGAGCACACGGCCUUCGAGUUCGACACGCGCAACGUCGAGGACACCAUGGCCACCAUGGUCCAGGAGCCAUACGUCAACCACAUCCCCACCAUGACUGGCGGCGUCGGCCGCGCGAAGCUGUCCGUGUUCUACAGAGACCACUUCAUCCACAGCAACCCGGACGGUACUGGUCUGGAUCUCAUCUCCCGCACCGUCGGAGUCGAUCGCAUUGUCGACGAGUUCUUGUUUUGCUGCAAGCACGACAGGAUAAUCGACUGGUUGCUCCCUGGCGUCCCCCCGACAGGCAAGGAUCUCAGGAUCCCCUUCACCGCCGUCGUCAACAUCCGCGGCGACCGGCUGUUCCACGAGCACAUCUCGUGGGACCAGCUCACUGUGCUCUUCCAGCUCGGCCUCAUGCCGGAUUACCUGCCCUUCCCAUACCCAGUGGCAGGCGCGACGGACUCGGCCAAGAAAAUUGAGUACAGGGUGCCUGGCGCCGGCAUCGACACUGCCAGGAAGCUUGCGGACGAGUCGUCUGUGCCGUCCAAUGAGAUGUUCAAGUUCACACAUCGCGAGGUAUAG